AUGAGAGGAGGCCUUCCGAUCUGCAGUCGGCGCGCCGCAGCUCAGGAGCUGGUCGAGCAGACCACGCCGGCCUUUGUGGAAGUCGUCGAUAAGGGCCUCACAGCCAGGGAGGCAGUGUUCCAAGAUCUAGAUUUGGAUGCUACCGACAUUGGAGGGCCAUUGGCAUGGAAUUUGACGGGGAACACGUCAGACUUGACGCAGAUCACGCAUUAUGCCAUCUACCUCGGCUGGGUGGAAGUGGUCUACGGGGCCGCGAGCUCUACGACCAAGAACAUAACGAACAUGUCGGAGGAAGAGUCCGUUGCUCCGAUCACGUCCACCACAGUGACCACGGUGACCACCAUAACGAGUACUUCCACAAGCACUGUGCCACCCACUACAAUCAACGGCUCUGAUGACUCGGACGCGCCUGACACAAGCGACGGCGCCAACCAGUCGGAUGACGACACGGGCAACGUCAGUGAAUCCAAUGACAGCAAUGGCAGCACCUCCAGUGAUAGCGAAACAAGCGACUUCUACAAUGCAUCGCAAGAGACACCUGCUGCUCAGGAUGGCGCACGGCUCGAGGACGAGGACAAUGAAAGUUACAACGAAGGUAACGACAGCAACUGGAGCAACUUCUCGUUGCAGGCGGACAGGGUGCGGCAUGGCUUCUUGUUGCAGCUGCCAGCUGUUGGCAUUUACAGGACCUUGACAACGUCACUGGUCUACGUCAGAG